AUGACAACUACCACCACACGCGAGGCCGCCCGUUUCGAAACAACGAAACGCUUACUGGCCUGUCUGAUUAACGAGGGUCUGGUUGAUGGGUUCGUCGAGGGAGCCAAAGAAGCGACUAAUCGACGUCUAUACUUGCGAAAGAAGGACAGCGCAUGCGCGGAUGACAGUAUUGUGGUACAUACCAUGCCUGAAGCGUUGAUCGAAGAUCGCAAUGGUGAGGUGUUACCGAUGAUACAACCGGGCAUGCUAUGCUCUCCCAUUAUUGUAAACUGCAUGGCGGUGGAAAGGAAGACUGUGGAUCCAGGGGAGAUUUUCUCGCUCAUAAGCCCAUGGUUCAAGGAUCUGGCCAGCCAGCCCGUGCUCGAAGAGAUAUCGCGCAAUUUGCAAUCUUCUGGGGAAAAUCAAGGUCCGAUAUCUCCAAAGUUAUUUCAUCGUACCUGCGACGCGAAGCCACCGCUACAGCCCGUCAAGCCAGAAGAUAUACCGGCAAUGCUGACACCGGGGAUAACAUUUCUAUCUCUUGCCCAUAGCGACCUGUCUGUCGCUGGUCCAUUUAACCAUCUGCUACAACCACUUCUCCAAACAUUCGAAGUUCCUGAGGCCCCAGAAGGCUGGACUAUUGUGCCCUGUCUCACACAGCAACUCCCCUCCAUCAUGCAGCGCUUCCCAAGAGCUAUCAUGCUCCUAUCUGUGGCUGAUUGUGCGGACGCCCAAGCUUCUCUCCGAACGCUAACCCUUCGACCAGAGCUGAAGUUCCCAUUCCAUCUGAAGCUUUCCCUAGCCUGUCAGAUCACCUCGGCCCUCCGAACCAUUACACCAUGGUCCGCACAAGGCGGGCCCAUUGUGACCGAGAUAUUGGACGGGUUCCUCCCGUCUGAACUGUGGACAUUCAAAGAAGUAGCCUCCGUGACAGGUAGUCAGACGGACUUCGACGACGCAAAGCAUCUCUCCUGUAUCUUGCGAGACGAUCUAGAGGAGCGGGCCAGGGCCAACAACGAGGUUCUCGUCCUAGCAGCCGCACUGACCCAGUCGCCGCCCGGCACAUCCCAGCCCUAUGCGGAGAUCCUGUUUAACCUGCGAACCAUAUCCGAAAAACAGGAAUGGUUUCGAGAGUACGUUGGUUGUCUGCUUAAUCUCCUCCUCCCACCCCUUGUCCACCACGGCAUCGGUCUCGAAGCCCACGGCCAAAAUAUCCUCGCACGGGUCUGCCACGAUACGGGAGAAAUCAAGGGAUUUGCCGUGCGCGACUUUGGCGGCAUCCGCUUGCACACGCCGACCCUCCGCGACCAGGGCGUUAGCUUUGACGGCAUGUUCCCUGGCUGGGCGGUGAUGACAGAGAAUAUGAAUGACGUGUGGGGGAAAGUGCAUCACUCCCUGCUGCAGAAUCAUGUCGGAUUCUUGUUGAACGCAUUGGACCUCCAAAGACACCAUGGAUGGAGCAUUGUGCGUGAUGUGUUGGAGGGGGGUUUGAGGGGGCUCCCGGAUAAUGGGCUGUACGAGUUUUGUUUGAAAGACACUAUGCCCCUGAAGUGCUUUCUACGGAUGAGCAUGGAGGGGAAGUAUCGUGAUUAUGUGGAAAGGGAGGUGCCAAAUAUCUUGUUGAUGGGCUCGGAGAGGUGGGAGACGGUUGUGGCAAGUUAUGUGCCUUCUUUGCAUUGGACUUGA